CCAGCCCCUCGCCCGGGCCGCAGCCGGGAGAGCUUCUCCGCGGCCUCCCUCGCACAGCCAGAGGAGACUCUAGACGGCGAUGCAAGCUCCAGUCUCCAUUGCUGGACCCGGUGUUGCACGUGAGGCCCUGUAAACUCAGCACGUGGCUCAUCCUUGCGUCAGAGAGGAAUCCCACGCGUUAAGUUGUCCUGGUUUCAGCAGGAUGUGUGAAGGGCCAUCCAGGAUUUCCGGACCCAUUCCUCCAGACCCUGUGCUCUUUCCAAACUAUUACAAACGCCCUUUCUCAGCUCGAGGGAGGCUGGAAGGGAAUGCUCAGAAGCUGGAUUUUACCUCUGGCCCGCUGGACCCACCGGCCCCUCGCAUUCGCCCCAGUGGAAAGGACUUUCUGGAGAAGGGACAGAAGGGGACGCUCAGUCUCUUACUGCAGCUCGAAGGGAUCUCCCUUGACGGGGGGCUGCCGGUCAAGAGGAAAGAGUCCAAGGACCACGAGAAGGAAAAUGUGAGGCGAAUAAAGGAGAUUCAGAAGAAGUGCAAAGAGAAGGAGCGAGCCCAAGAGCACAGCCAGCCCAAGCCUGUGAAAGCUCUGUGGAAAUCCCAGAAAUAUGAAAACGUGGAGUCAAAGGUGAAGGCCAAACUGCAGGAGAGCUCCCCACCUCCAAAUCCAGAGGCGCUGAAAUUCCUGAGGGCAUAUUCUCGCUGUGGCCCUGGGAUCAAGCCGUGCAGACCACUCUCCCCAAGGCCUGCCAGAACGAAAGCAGGAGCAGACACGGAGGCUCCAGAGGCACUGGGUGCUGAAACCAAGAUCCAGGUGGAGGGCAAGAGCAUUGACUUCGUUAAGCACAACGCCCGCAACGCCAAGCGGGCCCCGCUGCGGCGCUCCCAGUCCCUGCAGGCGCUGGCCGAGCUGCUGGAACAGAAGCACCAGCAGGAGGAGUACAACGCCAAGCAAAAGGGCCACGUCCCCCAGUACCUGCUGGAGAGGAAGGAGCUGUGGCGCAGGCAGAGGGAGGAGCGGCUGCGAAACCUGCCGGAUCCCGACACGCCACCUGGUCAUACCAUGAUGCCGGAGGGCCAGCGGCUGGAGACCCUCGGCAAUCUGAAGCAGAGCCAGGAGCAGCUGAUAAAGGACCUGGUCAUGCUGCCAGUGCGCGCAGACAACCUCAGCAUGCAGAAGAGGCGGGUAGAGCUGGAGAGGAAGCUCUCCCAGAUAGAGGAGGCCAUCAAAAUUUUCUCGAGGCCCAAGGUCUUCAUCAAGCUGGACGCCUGAGCCGGUGGGGCUGGGUGUGUUGUGCUGCUCUGCGUGAACAUCCUUCGUCGCUGGGAAGGGACGAUCAUCACUUUGGGAGGGAAGGAGAGGAAGGCAAGUUCAGGACCCUGGGCCCACGCAGGUGCCGAUACAGUGUCCAACGUGCAGCUGGCAUCUCUUGCUCACCCUCCAGUGCUGUGUCUUGUCCACGGAAAAGGGAGGGAGAUGCCCUGAUACACGCUCCGCUCUGUGGUCUGGAGAACAGUUGUCUCUGUGCCGCUUGACUUCUCACAGAUCAGCUCUCUGAGAUCCAGAUCUCUGAGAUCAGCUCGGGAUCCGUGGCAUCACCUCUUAUUUUACCAUUUUUUCCCACUUCUAGAAACUGGUCGGAGGUCUCCCGUGCUGCUGCCUGUGGUGUUCCUUGUCCCCCUCUUUCUCCGGAGCUCGGCCACGGUCAUGGCUCAUUCUGGGCACCUGCAGGCUUGUCUGCACAAAAAUCUCGUGCUGUACGUCUGCCGUGCGUGCCCCGGUCCUGAGCACUGACCCAUCCUGCUCAUGCAGCCGGUGCCUCUGCACCCUCCGACCUGCUGGCUGGGCUCCGCAGCUCGGGGACAGCUUGGGGACAAGGAAGAGGCGCAGAGCUUCAGUCCUUCCUGCCCAGGGAAGAGCUGGGCUGGCUGCAGGGGAUCUGGCAGGGUGUCUGGAGAAGCCUUUGUUGUCUGUGGGGCAGGACACGCUCCAAUAAAGCAUCGUUUCCCUCCUUCA